AUGAAUGAUCCUUUGCAUGUAGCAAGUUCGGAUCAUCCAGGUAUGGCACUCACUACUAUUGCCUUUAAUGGAAGUAAUUUUCAUGGCCGGAGUAGAACUGUAAAAAUGGCUUUAGGUGCCAAAUUGAAAUUAGGUUUUAUUACUGCUUUCUUGUAUGCUACUUCUGCCUUUGAAUUGUGGAAAGAAAUCAAUGAGAGGCAUGGGCAGAGUAAUGGUCCAUUGAUAUAUCAUUUGGAAAGGGAACUUAGCAGUAUUAGUCAGGGUAGUUUAAGCAUUGCAGCCUAUUUUAACAAAUUGAAGAAGUGUUGGGAUGAACUUCACAAUUUAAAUGAUAUUCCUUCUUGUACUUGUGGUAAAAUGGCUGAGUGCACUUGUAAGUUGGUUGAGAAGUUUCUAGCUAUAGAAAGUAGGUCAAGAUUGGUUCAAUUUCUAAUGAAACUCAAUAAUGACUAUGAGUCUGUCAGAAACCAGAUUCUUGCAAUGGAUCCUUUGCCUAAUGUGAAAAAAGCUUACUGUAUAAUACAACAAGUUGAAAAGCAGAAGCAAGUUACCCAUCAUGUGCCAGAUCCAACUGCUUUCUUUGCUAAAAUGGGUAAUAAUAAGGGAGGAAAGAAGACUGGGAAGAGUAUUCAUAGUGAUUUUAGGCCAGAAAUGAAACAGAAUUGCACAUAUUGUGGUGAAGAUGGUCAUUCUUUUGAUCAGUGUUUUGAGAGAAUUAGGUAUCCGGACAGGUAUAAAGGAAAGAAAGGAAAGAAAGGAAAGAAAGGAGGUUUUAAGAUGGCCGCACAAGUGACUACUGGUUAUGAGGGUGAAACUCCUUUUGAUUUACCUUUUGAAAAUGAGAUUUCUGCAGGAAAUGCAGGAUUGGAUCCAAAAUUGAUCAAUGCUAUGUAUCAAGAAGUGUUCAAAAUGUUUAAGGAGAAAAGUGUGCAGGAUAAUGGUACUCCAAGUACUUCUGCUGGUCAUACAUGUAUAUCCUGUUAUGUCACAUCUUUUGCAUUAACUUCUGUGGGAAAUAAGACUAUUUUAACAAUAGAAUGGAUAAUUGACACUGGUGCUUCAAAUCAUAUGACCUCUCAUUUUCAUCUCUUUAUUUCCACAAGACAACUUAAAACUCAUAUUCUUGUUCAUUUACCUAAUAGUAAAACUAUUCCUGUCUAUACUGUGGGUCAAGUCAAACUGUCUGAGUCACUCACUCUUGAAGAUGUCCUUUAUGUCCCAGAGUUUGAGUUUAGCCUAUUAUCUGUGGGAAAAUUGUUGGUUACUCAAGGAACAGAAUUGUGGCUAUUGGAAAAGACAAAACCAAAAUUUGUAAGAUCUGGCAAUGGUACUGAAUUGGUUAAUAAGGAGUAUUCUGCAUAUUUUAAGGCACAGGGUAUUAUACAUCAAAGGUCUAUGGCUUAUACACCCCAACAAAAUGGAGUGGUGGAAAGAAAACAUAGGCAUUUGAUAGAAACAGCUAGAGCUAUUAAGAUGCAUGUUGACUUGCCUAUAAGGUUUUGGGGAGAUUGUGUAUUGGUUGCAACAUACCUUAUUAAUAGAAUGACUAUGCAGUAUUUGUCUUGGAAAACACCUUUUGAGAUUCUUCAUGGUGUUAAACCCACAUAUGAGUAUUUGAGGACUACUGGUUGUCUGUGUUAUGCUACAAAUACUAGGCCACAUAAAGAUAAAUUUGGACCUAGAGGUGUUAAGUGUAUCUUGUUAGGAUAUCCACCUGCUCAAAGAGGGUAUAGGUUGUAUAAUCUUGAUACUGCAGAGGUCUUCCAUAGUAGAGAUGUGGUGUUUGAAGAGAAUAUUUUUCCUUUUAAGCAAAGGAAGAAUGGUCAUUCUAAUUUUCAGAUUGUGACAUCUAUUUCAGUAGGAAAUGGUGCAGAUGACAUUCAAGAUUUUAUUACUCAAUUGAAUUCACGGGCAUCUAAUGAUCAUAGUGAUAGACAAUCACUGCAUUCUGACAAUGAGGUUAUAGAAAAUCAUUUUUUUGGUAAUAAUAUACCAGAAAAUAAUACUAGUGAUAGUGGAAUAAGUCCGGAGGUAAUUUCUAAUAAUAGAGAAAUUACAACUCAAUUGGUGGGUGAUAAUAUUGUUCAAACCAGAAGAUCAACCAAAAAUAAAACCACUCCAGCUUGGUUGCAGGACUUUGUAGUUAGUAUUUCAAAAUAUUCUAAUUGCAGUACUACUUAUCCCUUGUUCACUCAAAAUGAUUUCCAGAGAAUACCUCAUGAUCAUGUUGCCUUUCUUGCUAAAGUUUUUACUAGAGCAUAA